AAACCAAGGCGUCGGGUAGGCAACCGAAAUCCUAAUAGCCUGCCCGCCGGAGCCUCGGGCGCUCGUCCUUUGUAGGACGAUACGCGCACCUCAUCGCCGAAGAUAUUGCGGGGGUGCAUGCACAAUGACGUCGUGGGCACGAGAUGGGGUCGGAGCAUGCAUCGCAUCCGUGAAGGUGGAGGAAAAGAUCAACCCCUGCGGCGGAGGACAAGUGACGACCUCAAACCAUGGUGCGCGGACGGCCUUGUGAGAGACCAUCUAAUGUAUAUCAGCGUCUGUGGGGCUUUUAUUCUUUUGCCGUUCCCGGUUCGUGUGUGUGUGUUGGCAUCACACCUCAUUCGUCUGGGCGUGCCUGCCCUGCAGCCUGGGGCAGAGCUCUGGGGGGGCCUCGGACCGGCCUCGCUGGACUCGUGGGCACGCGGUUCAUCACGUCGCCAAGAACGUCCCGUUCGUUCCACACGUGGGCGCUAGCCUCUCACUCAGCCCGUCGAGCCUCGGGAAAGCCGCACCGGAUUAGGCAAGACGAAGCGCAGGAUCGGGUAGGGCGCACCCCGACGGAUACUGCCGACCCAGUCACCACCAUGUGCAGAAGCAAUAAGAACAUGGCCACGACGUCCUGCACCGCCCUUUACCCUGCCAGAUCUUUUUGCAUGUUUCUCUACGCUAGGGUGAAAACAGCUGGGUACACCCGAACCCAUGAGCAUCACCGUGAUAUCGUAGUAUCCGACCUCGUGUUGGCCAGGCUAGGUCUCUUCCGACAACGGAGUGCCGGUUCAAUGGCGUGUCAUCCGCUGAGGAGACGUUCAAUGGUAUGCCAUCCGCUGAGGAGACGCUCAAUGGUAUGCCAUUCGCUGAGGAGACGUUCAAUGGCAUGUCAUCCGCUGACGAGACCCUGCGCCCGAUGGACGACGCUACGAAAGGGCCGUGCCGCGGCGGGUACGAUUCGUGACGAACCCAAAAGUAUGGCGCGUUCUGACCCUGGAAGUUACAUCUUCCAUUGGCUGUGGGAUGGGACGCUUUACCGUUGCCCCUCUCGAUAUGGCCCGUGUGCGCAAGGUGGUCAACCUCUGGGCUGGUCCAGGCUGGUGGGCAGAGCACGUCCUGCAUCCCGAGUCCCUCGCACUUUGUCAACUCAUGAUAACGGCGCGCUAGGGCCAUGAGUAUUCUCCAUCCGAUACUUCAAGUGAUGGAAUUCGACACUUGGCCAUCUGGACGUUUUGAACGUCUUGAAAAGAGUUCUCGUAACCUACGACUUCGAAUUCAUCUGGCUUUACCUUGAGCCCUGCCCAAGCUACUAUUACCGCGAGAUUCAGACAGGGUCCAUACCUGUCGUCAAAGAAAGGCUUGAAAAGAUGCGUGAGGAGUUGGACCAACCAGCAUAGAACGCUACGUGGAAA